AUGAUGAUGCCUCCUUGGUCCCUCGUUUGCCUCGCAGUGACGGUUACUGUCGUUUCCACACAGUACCUUUCCGAUGGUGGCGAAAAUGAGAAACGAAACGAUUUCUCACGCGACAUUAUGCACUUCGGCAAGCGAGCAGUCAUUCCAGCGUUUGAACGAGACAUCAUGUCGUUCGGCAAGCGAUCGGGAGGAUUCGAAAGGGAAAUGAUGAGCUUUGGGAAGAGGUCGCCGGUCAGUUCGAACUUUGAAAUCUAA